AUGGCAGAGCAAAGCUCCUACAGCCUGGCAAUUAUGAGCCUUAAAUGGCUUCAACAGGUCUUUAUUCCUGUGGCAAAUCUAUGCAGAGUUGGCAGUUCUAUCCUUCUUAUCCUGGACAGGCACAGCAGUCAUCUUACCCUGGAAUUUAAUCAAAUUUGCAAGGAUAAUGCUAUAAUAUGUCUUUGCAUGCCACCUCAUUCCUCCCACCUUCUGCAGCCACUAGAUGUGAGCAUUUUCUCAGUUUUAAAGCAAGCAUAUGGAGACCUAGUUCAGCAGCAAAUGUGGCUUGGAUUUAAUGCCAUUUGGAAGACAGAUUUCCUAGAUGCUUACCCUACAGCAUGCACUGCAGCCUUCAAACCUCAGACUAUUCAAAAUGGCUUCAAGACAGCUGGAAUAGUGAAUAAGAUCAAGGGCUUAGUGAAGGGUCAGCCUCAAGGCUUUGUGGAAGGUUUUGACCAAAUUAUCAAGGCCUGCAAAUACAGAAUGGUCAGUGCCACAAUUAUGAAGAAGCAAUACCAGGAUAUAUUCAACGUGAAUGAGAUAGAGAAGCAAAAAUGCAAGAGAUCUAGGCGCCAAAUUCAACAAGAACAAUUGUGGCACUCUUGGGCAUACAAGAUUAAGAUGUCCUCAACCAAGUUUAGCCCGAAAUACGUAAUUAUUAUUUACUAUUAUUCCUAUGAAGUACUGAACUUUUUCUUUGAAUGCGGAUGCCCUACGAAGUCCUUCCACGAUGCCAGCGUGAGUAACCCCCGUCUGUCAGCAAAGAUGAAUUCCGCAACUAAGGCAACGGGACACAGGCCCGGGGACCAACAUAGAUCCUAUCCAGCAAACGUGAACGCCGCAAACCCCUUUGAAAUACCUCAGCAGCACAAAAACGAGUAUACGGCGCAGGAGAUUGCAACAUUACAAAGUCGACUAGACAAACGCUUAGGUCCGGAAUACAUAUCUUCGCGGGCAGGCCCUGGGGGAAAACGAGUACAUUAUUUGUCGGCUGAUAAAUGCAUAAAUCUUGCCAACGAGGUUUUUGGCUUUAAUGGAUGGUCAAGUGCGAUUCAAAAUAUUCAGAUUGACUUUCUUGAUGAGCAUCCCAACUCUAGCAAAGUUUCGCUUGGGCUGUCAGUAAUUGUAAGGGUGACGUUGAGAAAUGGGACAUACCAUGAGGAUAUCGGAUAUGGACACAUCGAAAACUGCACAGGAAAAGCUGCAGCAUUUGAAAAGGCCAAGAAAGAAGGCACAACAGAUGCUUUGAAACGUGCCCUGAGGACAUUUGGUAACGUCCUUGGUAACUGCAUUUAUGAUAAAGAUUACUUAUCGAAAGUGACCAAGGUCAAGGCGGUUCCGACCAAAUGGGACGUUGACGCUCUACAUCGCCAUAGGGAUUUUGCGCCUCUAAAGAAAGAGCCGGUUAUUGCUCCAGUUGCUGUCAGAAGCGAGCCUCAUGCAGAGGCCCGCAAUGUUAGUUCGAGAAUACCCGACAUCCCCACAAAAUUAUUAGAUGAUCCCCUUUCUAUGGAUCUUGAAAAUGAUUUCGGCAGCGAUGCAUUCGACGAGGCAGAUUUUGGAGAGCGUCAUCUCAGUCAUCCAGAUGAAGUUAUCUUGGAUGAUGAGCCACCCCCACAAAUCCAAAACCACAGAAACAAUCAUCCCCCAGCUGGGCCAAACGUUCAAAGGAGUACUGGAAACUAUGCGGCCUCGAAUUAUAUGAUUACACCGUCUAAACCACCACAGAGUAUAGUUCAGUCCGAUACCGCCCUUCCAGCCCCCACAGAUUGUAUAACUCGACAAAACGUUCCUCAGACAAACCAAUACACAACACCUAAACCUCAGCCUCCCACGCGACCACAACAACCGGCACAUGAUUCGAAAUUCCUUGUGGGGAAAUCUACACAUUCGAGCCGUAACUUACCUCCACCUCUGCCGUGCGAUCAGUUGAAGACGAAAGGCGAAACAAACAUAGAGAGUAAAAGAAACCAUUCACCGUUGAAACCUCCGUCGCCUUUCGGCUCACAGAUUGGACAGGAUAGCCCCAGUGUCGAGCCCGGUGUCUGGUAUUCGGCUCGUGCCGCGAGUGUCACUGAACCAGGAAAACCAGCGCCCGCAUUCGACCCUAAAUUUGCAAGUCCAUCCAUUCGGAAAACUCUUACUAUUGACCACGGGAAAUCAGCACCUGUGUCCCGAAAGACGUUUCAGAAUGUGCCACCUCAAUUGUCUAGCCAAACACCACACAAAGCAGGCAUGAACAUUCCCCCUGCAAGCCAGUCAUCAACCCCCAUCCCUCCUCGCACCAUCGUGGACGUGACCAAGAGGCCAGGGGCGGGAAAUUUCGUAAGCCCCGCUCGCGCACCAAUGACUUCGUCAUAUCGGCCGCCAACACGAAGAAGCAUGACGGCUGCAGCCAACAAUAGUAGUGCAAGCAAUUUUCCUCAUGGCAACUCUAACCAACCUCUACCGACAGCUCAGAACCUAAACGGGAAGAGACCACUUCUGUCAGAUAUAACGAACCGCGAAUCUAUCUCCAACGAUAACGAAACCGCGAAGAAGCCCAAAGCCAACGACAACACUACUGGCUCUGCUGCCGCUGAGAAUAAUCAGUAGUAGGGACAAGGACUAGGAAUACCAUGGGAAUACAUUUUACUAUAACAUUGCUCCUUCUAGACCGGAUUUUUUUCUUUUUGUUUUUGGAGAAACUUUUCUGCCCUUAUCAUGGAUUAAAGCCGGGCUUGAUGUCUGAUGGAUGGUUUUGCUUGGUCAUGUUUUUAAAGAUGCAGCUGUACUUGCAUUUUUCUACUAGAGGGACCGGUUGGACGGCGUUAACCAGUGGCCGGAUGCAAGCGGACAUGACAAAUCUAUUUAUCAAUAUUGAAGUGGGAAAUGUAUUGCAUAUGGAAUGGCAGUGAACAUUCCGGAUUUUCGAGCCAACAAACCGUUGGAUGUCUCGGUGCCGUACGACUCGGUGUACUCCA